AUGGAAGGCGAGUAUCGCGUGGUCAUCCGUUUUGCUAGUAAGGAGGUUCCUGGCUCACCCUUUUACGUGAAUAUCAAGGGAGCAGCUGGAGACCCUGUUAAAGUCACUCUUUCUGGCCCUGGCGCUGACCCUGCUGGCAACAAUUGUGUAGGAAAACGAAGUUUCUUCAACGUGCAUGCCACGAGUGAGUUAUUUUGUACUGCUACUACUACGAUAUACUAUUAG